GGGCAUUAGACCAAUCAGGUUGAUUCCAUCACCUCCAAAAGAUACCGAACCGAACGCCCCAUAGUAAAUAAUCGAAGUUGUAUGGUAAGAAGUGUAGUUCAUUCGAUUGCCUCCCCAUCGGCUCCACCAUGAAUGCGGGGAAAUAUCCUGUAACUCGAGUGGAGCCUUUGUCGGUUCGGUUCGGUAAAGCUGGGACGAUGUCUUCAUGUUGAUCUCAUGCGUAGGCAGCAUAGCCUGUCCGACACAGGUUAUAAACCAUAUCCGGAGCUUGAUCUGGUCUAAGCCAAGUGCACUACAAUUGCAACAUCUUGCAAGCAACAACAAACAAAACAGCCAUGGCAACUAUCACGCAAACAGCUUCCUCUGUCAUCAAGGCUUCUGGGGCUCUCAAGCCACAGCCAUGCGGCCCAAACAAGCUCUUUGCCCAGGGCGACAUCAAGUAUGGCGAUUGGAGAGAUGAGCUUAUUGAGAAUGGCUUCACCGUUGUCAAAGGCGCUGUUCCACGCGAGCGUGCUGAUAAGUAUGCCGAUGAUAUGAUGACCUACCUUGAAGAAUUCCAGGGAGGACUUGGAUUCAAGCGCGAUGACCCCUCUACUAUCAAAGAGGAGAACCUGCCCAUCAUCACCGAAAAGGGCAUGCUGCUCGGUUACGGUGUCGCUCAUGAGGACUUCACAUGGUCCAUUCGACAAGAACCCGGUGUCAUCGAGGCUUUCGAGCGCAUCUACGACACCCCAGACCUCAUCGUUUCUUUUGAUGCCAUCAACGUCGGAUUCCCCAACCGCACAGACGUCAAGCCCAAUACCCCAUGGCCACACCAAGACCAGGAUCCCGAGCGCCCUGGCUUCCGUUGCAUGCAAGGCAUCGUCAAUCUGCUGCCAAACGGCGACAAUGACGGCGGGUUGAUCGUGUGCAAAGGCGCCCACCGCCUCAGCGAGGAAUUCCACGACGAGUUCCGCAACGAGCCUAACAAGAUCUGGGCGUGGACGAACGAGUGGUACGGAUUCACCAAGGAGGGAAUGGCUUGGUUGGAGAAGAAGGGCUGCGAGUGGAUCAAGGUGAACGCUGAGCCUGGUGACUUGCUGCUCUGGGAUAGCCGCACGCCGCACUACAAUCUCAGUGCUACUGGCAACACGCCUAGGUUCUGUGCGUAUACUUGCUACAUGCCAGCUGUCGAUGCGUCGCAAGAGGAUCUCAUCCGCAAGAAGCAUGCGCUUGAGACGACGCAGAGCACCACACAUUGGCCAAACGCUCUUCAUGUUGGUGGUAUCCCAGUCAUGAGGAAUGGUAAGCCAUGCCCUUAUAACACGGGAAAGCCCAGGAAGCCGGUGAACUUGACAGAGAGGGGUAUCAAAUUGACGGGCGUGCCAUACAUCGCCGCCGCAUAG